CCCUGCGAAUGCACGUAGAGAGGUUUUACCCUAUCCCUCUCUCUCUUUCUCUCUCUCCAUCGCUCUCUCUCUCUAUCUGUCCCCACCCCAGUCAUCCCUGUGACAUUUUCCCCCAAUCCGACACUUAAUUGAGCAACCGGGACACCUCACGUGCAGGACUGAUUUGUAGUUUGAACACGUGGCUCAUUGAAAAAGGCAGAAGAACUUAGGGUUUUUUGUUUUCCGUUCUCUUGAUGUUAUUAAGAGGCGGUGCCUACACAAACGUGUCUGACAAUUUAGUCGCAUCGCCAAAGAAUAAAGAAACUUUCUCUAUUUUCCUCCUAGCCCUUGCCUCGCAGAGGUGACGGAAUAAAUAAUUCAGCUCGUUUAAAUCAAGAGGAAACGCGAGUGCGCGCAACCACGGCGGCGAUCUCGUCCAUCAAAUAUCUCAGUAGCUUGGAGUGAUUGGGAGAACACUCCCAGACCCUCCGCUGAGCGACAGUGCGGUUCUCUCUCCAAACACUGCCCAUCCGAGCGACGCGAUAAAGGGCUGUCCCUCUGCAACACGGUCGCUCUUUUUUGUAUACAACAAAAUGAAUAAGCUUUACAUCGGGAACGUGAGCGAGCAGGCGAGCGCGCUGGACUUGGAAAGUAUCUUUGAGCAGUGGAAGAUACCUUUCAGUGCACCCUUUCUCGUAAAAAGUGGCUACGCGUUUGUGGAUUGCCCCGACGAAAAGGUAGCGAUGAGGGCCAUUGACACUCUUUCAGGGAAAGUAGAACUCCACGGAAAAGUCUUAGAAGUGGAGCACUCUGUCCCUAAACGACAAAGGAGCUGCAAGCUGCAGAUCAGGAAUAUCCCACCUCACAUGCAGUGGGAAGUUUUGGACGGGUUGUUAGCGCAGUACGGCACAGUAGAGAGCUGUGAACAAGUCAACACUGACACGGAGACCGCUGUAGUCAAUGUGCGAUAUGCCGCCAAGGACCAAGCCAGAGAAGCCUUGGACAAAUUAAAUGGCUUUCUUAUGGAGAACUACGCACUAAAGGUUUCCUAUAUCCCAGAUGAGACAGCUUCAGCAGAUGCCCCUGCCGUGGGCGGCAGAAGAGGUUUCAACCCACGCGGACCGCCUCGCCAAGGCUCUCCCAAUCUGGGCGCAAGACCUAAACUACAGUCAGACGUGCCUCUACGCAUGUUGGUGCCCACCCAGUUUGUAGGAGCUAUUAUUGGCAAGGAAGGUGCUACCAUCCGCAACAUAACCAAGCAGACUCACUCAAAAAUUGAUAUCCAUCGUAAGGAGAACGCAGGGGCUGCGGAGAAGCCCAUCACUGUUCACUCCACUCCAGAGGGCUGCAGUUCUGCUUGUCGAAACAUCAUGGAGAUCAUGCAGAAAGAGGCAAUUGACACUAAAAUCACUGAAGAAAUUCCUCUAAAGAUUCUGGCUCAUAAUAAUUUCGUCGGCCGUCUGAUUGGAAAGGAGGGGCGCAACUUGAAGAAAAUUGAACAAGAUACUGACACAAAGAUCACAAUCUCACCUCUGCAGGAUCUGACCUUGUAUAACCCAGAGCGCACCAUUACCGUUAAGGGUACAUUAGAUGCUUGCGCAAAAGCAGAAGAAGAAAUCAUGAAGAAAAUCCGCGAGUCCUACGAGAAUGAUGUAGCCGCCAUGCAUCUACAAUCUAACCUGAUUCCAGGGCUCAAUCUAAACGCGUUGGGUAUUUUUCCUGGUGCAGCGAGUGGAGCGAUGUCACCCUCUGUGGUAUCAGGACCUCCGGCUGGGGCUCAAGCUGGCUAUCAAUCAUUUGGGUGCAGCGUGUUUGGGGGUGAGGUGCCUUUUUGGGCCUCUACGCUCUCCUCCAGCAGCAGCAGCACAGCCUUUUCUUCACAGAUGGAGUCAGAAACCGUGCACCUCUUCAUUCCUGCACUGGCAGUUGGUGCUAUUAUCGGCAAGCAGGGCCAGCACAUUAAACAGCUCAGCCGCUUUGCUGGUGCGUCAAUCAAAAUUGCACCUGCUGAUGGAAUUGAUGCCAAGCAAAGAAUGGUCAUUAUUACUGGACCACCAGAGGCACAGUUCAAGGCUCAGGGACGUAUCUUUGGGAAGUUAAAAGAGGAGAACUUUUUUGGACCGAAGGAGGAAGUUAAAUUAGAGGCUCACAUAAAAGUGCCAUCAUUUGCCGCUGGUAGAGUCAUAGGCAAAGGAGGCAAAACGGUGAAUGAACUACAGAAUUUGACCAGUGCAGAGGUGGUUGUCCCGCGGGACCAGACGCCUGAUGAAAAUGACCAAGUAGUAGUAAAAAUCACAGGCCACUUCUAUGCAAGCCAGCUGGCCCAGCGGAAGAUCCAGGAGAUUAUCUCUCAGGUGAGGCGGCAGCAGCAGCCUAAGGCCUCAGCCACAGGUCCACCAGUCACCCGGAGGAAAUAGAGCCACUGCGUCUUCUCGGAGACUGACAGGACACGGGACGCCUCCAUCUCAGGGGUCGGGGAAUGUCCUUACAACCCCGCCCGCUUUUACACCCAUUCCUCCUGAAGUUUCAGUGAGAUUGUGUACACCUGCACUUCCCCCCCUCACAAUUUCUUUGAUCCAAAUCAUAGGAAAAUCAGCCACCCAGUCCCUGCCUUAAUAUGGUAAAUGCACAGUCCUUAACUGACAGAUGUUAAAAUUAGUUUUUGAUAUUUGAGUUCAUUGGGAAAUGCAGCAUUUGAGAGUAAAAGGCGUUUCGAGCCUGUUUUUUUGGGGUACGGAAUGGGUGACACGGGGUGGGGUUUAAGGUCUUCGGCUUGAGAUGGAAAGAGGAUUGUUGACGGAAGUACGCCGUCCCGGGAUCCAUAGUGGCAUUUUAUAAAUUCUGAUGCAUUUUAUAGAUUAAUAGAUAUAUAUACUAUAUAUAAAAUUAUGAAAGAAGGUGGAGCAACACUGCCACUUAUGACUGAGGGAAGUGUUGAUUGGUGUUGGCCAGGAAACCAAGUUAAUAUGCAUUUUACUGAUCUACCUCAGGCUAGAGUACCUCAGAAAAAAAAAAUGAUUUAUGAAAAAAAUCUUGUUUUUUUUUGUUUUGUUUUUUUUUUUUUGUUUUUUUUUAUUUUGCUUUGUGGUAUUUUGUAUACUUUAUAAAGCUAAUAGUUAUUGAACAUUUUUAUUUUUUUAAGAAAAUGUAAAAUUUAGUCUGUAGUUAAUGGGUGAAUCCCGAACUCCGCCUUGAUCUGUUUGCAGCGCGCGAUGAAUAACUGUAUAUAAGUUUGCGCACAUCUAGUUUGUAAAAGAGCGGAGUUUGGGCUUCUAUGUUAGCUACAGAUAGGAGAAAGAAAAGAAAAGCGCCUCAGUGUCGCUGAGGAGCCACCACCCUCUGAACACCGUCAAGGUAAUGAGAAAUAACGCCAACCGUACAUACCGCAGCAAUGCCGUGCUAAUAUGCUAUUAACUGUCUCGGCGGUAGCAUACGUUUCACCCGCAUUUCAUUACACUUCAGUUAGGGUUGGAUGCAAGCAAUAGAGGUCAGGGAUAAUCAAGGUCCUGCUGUAACCUCUUUGACACACCCUCAUCCUCAGCGCGACUAGUCUCAAAAUAAAAAUAACGACCAGCCCGAUUGAGGUUGUUUUUUCUUUUCCCGUGCUCAUAGGUUUUUUUUUUUGUUUGUGUUUUUUUUUUUUUCGUUUUUUUCCCUUUUCCAAAUAAUGCGCUCCGUUCGGUCUUGGAACGGGCUUUUUUGCAUCAAGCUGGCUUUACAUGCCGAAGAUUUUCAGUGUUUAACGUCAGUCAAUGCAUGUCGGGGUUGGGAAGUUACACUGUUCUGAUGCUUUUGCGUUGAUAGCUAUAGGUUACAAUAGUCAAGGGCGCGUCUCUAGGCUAACGAGCAGUGCGUAGAGAUGGACGCGCGAACGGUUUCAUUUAUAUCUUUCGUUUAUCAUACAAAGUGAAAAAAGCAAAAAAAUAUAUAAAAUGAACAUUAGCAAAGAAAAACGUUUAGUAAAUAACUGAGAAACCAAUAUUCCUUUGUUUUGCAGAAUGUAAAUAUGAUUUGAUUGUGGUAAAAGAGUGCAUCCAAGCUUCCACACUAGUAAGACCAUUGUCUACCUCAGCUGAGGAAAGGGUGGGUGGCGGGAAUCCUUCCAUCUCACCCGAGACCUCCAGCGCGCGCAGCGAUACCUCAAGUCCCUCGCGAACACUUCCGCACUGGGUAUGCGCGUGGCGCCGAGCGCUGACCAGAGGGGCACAAGUGAUCGUUUUUUUCUUUCCACACUUCUCUUACACCGUUUUUGAUCUACCUCUUAUUAGAAAAGUAUUUAAAUUAGAGGCAUAUUGCUAUUUGUUAGAAUCUAUAGGGUCAUGUCCCAUCUGCCCCUUUCCUCACAGAAAAAAAAUAUCAUUUAAAAAAAAAUCAUGUAUGGCUAGACUUUAAAGAUGAGUGAGAAAAUGAUUUCAUUUUUGCCUGCAAAUUAUUCUCUGCUAACUGAUUUGAAACCUCACCUUAUUGCUUUUUUCCCUUUUCUUUCCGCUUCUUGGUUUGGUGGUGUGGCUUCCUUGUAUUGGGCUUUAUUUCUUGCAUAGGUAUUGUAUUAAAGGUCAAAGUGUUUAAUUUGGAAACUAAUUUAAUGAUGGUUAUAGAAAAGUUUUUCAAGGGCCUGCUUCAUUUCUUGCUUAUGAAAUAUGAACAAUGGAGUCUUUAUUUUUUACCUUUUUCAUGUCUUAUGGAUUCUACAAUUUUUUUUUUUUUUUUUUUUUUUUCCCUUUUUCCCCCCUCUUUAUUUUUUGACUGAUCUGAUCAAAUUUCAUUUCAUGGCUGUUUUGUGGUGAAUCAUGUUUCAGUGGGAAUGUGAUGUGGAAUUCCGGGAUCUGGAAUAGUUCCGGGAAAAACGUGGUCCGAUUUCAGCAUGAUAAGCAACAUCCCCUCCGACCGUGCUUGUGCGCCCUCACACACCUCCACUUGUCAAAUGCCUCUGAUACAAAGAAAAUAAUUAAAAGUCAAGUUGGCUCCUA